AUGCGGAGGCUGACCACAGCGACACCUGCGUCGCGACUACCGCUCGCGCGUCUCUUCAAGCGGCAGCCCAUCGAGGAGCUCCUGGAGCUCCGGAGCAUUUUGGCCGCUCAGAACUUGGUAGCGAAGAUACAUGAGAACCCUAUUCCGCGCCGUCUGAAUGAGAGUGAUGCGUACCUGGAGUGGGUCAAAAGGAAAUGCAGGAGCAAGUCUUCUGUAAAGCAGAUGGACAAGACAGCAUUUGACGCGUUUGUAAAAGACGUCAGUGUGUAUCUCCAGCAGCAGGAAGAGCAGGUGUUUAAUGAGUGUGGCAAGAUUGGACCCAUGGAAGAGGAGGAACUCAGUGGUCACAAGGCGGAAGAGUUUGUUGAGGCGGUGAAACUGAAGAUGGCACGACACAUGUGCAUGCAGACUGCAAUGAGCUUCGAGCUGUUGGACAAGGACAAGGAUGGGAAAGUUCACGUUGACGAGGUCGAAAAGUUGCUGCAGGUAGUUGCGCACGGUAACGGAACGAAGUGGAUGAAGAGUCAAUUUGACCUGUAUGGCGCAGACGGCGACAAUGUGGUAAACGAAACGGAGUCCAGGCUUAUUUUAGACUCCAUGGUUACGACGCAAAAGGCAGUGAUGGCCGAGAUUUUUGCGACUCACGUGGAUAAUAUGCCCAAGAAAUGCGAGAAACUUGUUGCCAAAAGUCUGAGAGAAGAGGAUUUUCGAUCAAAGAUUCCAGAGAAGGUGCGAUGCGUGUUCCAUUUUGCGAACAAGCUGGACAAGGAGCACAAAACAUAUGACUGGGAACUUUUCGAGGACUCGCAGAAAGCGGAGUUUCCCGAAUUGCACAACUUGCUCACCGUCUACGCAAAGGGCUUCUAUACUGAUAGAUUCAUGUUCCACGAACGCAAGCAGGAGAGACGCAGCACACGGUACAAGGGUCUGCUGCUCGCAGCUGCCAUUGGCCUUGGUGACUACAUUGCUGCCGUGAUUUAG